AUAGGUUGAGGGGGGCGGAUUUUUGGGACGAAGAGAGGCGAGAGAGCAGAGAGGAAGAGAGGCGAGAGAUCAGGGAGGAAGAGAGGCGAGAAAGCAGGGUGGAAGAGAGGCGAGAGAGCAGGGGGGAAGAGAGGCGAGAGAGAGGGGUGGGGCAGGGAGGAGAGAAAGCAGUGAGGAAGAGAAACGAGAGAGGCCUCUGGGGGGGAGGAAAGGAGAGAGGGGGGGGAGGAAGAGAGGAGAGGGGGAGGGGGAGGAAGAGAGGGGAGGGAGGGGGGAGGAAGAGAGGAGAGAGAGGGGGGAGGAAGAGAGGAGAGAUAGGGGGGAGGAAGAGACGAGAGAGGGGGGGGGAAAAGGGGAGAGAGAGGGGGGAGGAAGAGCAGCGAGAGAGGGGGGCGGAAGAGAAGCAAGACAGGAGGGUGGAAGAGAGGCAAUAGAGGAGGUCAGAAGAGAGGCAAGAGACCAGGGAGGGAGUGAGGCAAAAGAGCAAGGAAUAAGAGAGGCCAAGCAGCAGGGAAGAGAGCGAGGUGUUGGCUGCGGAGGGGGAGGGGAGGGAGAGUAGGGAGGGAGAGAGGCGAGAUGGCAGGG